AUGAGCGCUUUGCAGAAGAAGUACUCUGGCUCUUCAGUGCUGGACAUUGAGAAGAACCAAGUGAUCACCAAUACUCAGGACGUUAAAGAAAAGAAAAAAUUCAGAUGGAGGGUCGAGGAUCACGACUCCCCAAGUGAAAUCUACAACUGGACCUUGUAUCUUUCUGUGUUUGUGUUUGGUGUUUUAGGUGCUGCUCGUGGUCUUGAUGAAGGUUGCAUCUCUGGUAGUGUGGCCCAGCCCUCGUUCAAACAGCAGUUCGGCUUGGCUGACGAGUCAAAAUCAGCAAAUGAGUUGGCAAACUUGAAGUCCAACAUCACCUCGAUGGUGCAGCUUGGCUCCGUUGCUGGUGCCUUGAUCGCCAUGUACACCGUCGACAAGUUGGGCCGUGUCAAUGCCUUGAGAGAGGUUACUAUUAUUUGGGUUGUUGCUGUGAUUAUUCAAAUCACUUCAUAUGAUGUUGGCCAGCUCUACGCCGGUAGAUUCAUUGAGGGCUUGGCAAUUGGUCAGACAACCACUAUUGGCCCAACUUAUUUAGCAGAAGUUGCCCCAAAGCAGAUCAGAGGUCUUUGUGGUUGCAUUUUCGCUGGUGCCGUGUACUUGGGUAUAAUGUUGUCUUACUUCACACACUACGGUACUGCUUUGCACAUGAACAGCACCCAGAAAAUGCAGUGGGUUGUUCCCACCAGUUUGAAGAUUGUCUUUGCUGGUUUGAUCUUGAUCAUGUCUUUCGUGUUUACCUGGGAAUCGCCAAGAUGGUACUUGAAGGUGGGAAAGCCUGAGAAAGCCAUUGAGUCUUUGUCCAAAUUGAGAAGACUCCCACCUGACCACCCAUACAUUGUUGGUGAAAUCAGCGAUAUCAAUGAACAGAUUGCUGCUGAGCAGGCUGCUGUUUCUGGAAACUCCUUCAUGAAAGUUAUCAAGGAGUUCCUUUUGAAGAAAGCAAACAGAUAUAGAUUCUUCCUCGUUGUGGCUGCUGCUCAAGUGUUGGGCCAGUGGUCUGGUGCCAACGCUGUCACCAUUUAUGCUCCUGAGUUGUUCGCUGUCAUUGGUGUUACUGGUGUCGAGAAGAUGAAGAUGACCGCUAUCUUGGGUUUGGUUAAAUUCUGCUCCGCAUACUUGUCUGCUUUCUUCAUCAUCGACUUCUUGGGAAGAAGAACUGCAUUGUACAUGGGUAUCACCCUUCAAAUGGUCUGUUUGCUUUACUUCGCCAUUUUCCUUACCAUUGUUCCAGGCGCUGCCGAUACUGAAUACUUGAUGACUGGUUCAGAGGCUAGAGCCUCCAAAGGUGCCUUGGCUGCCCUUUUCCUUUCCGGAUGUGGCUGGACCAUGGGAUUCAACUCGAUUCAGUACCUCUUGGGUUCUGAAAUUUUCCCAUUAAACAUCCGUUCCUUCGCCCAGUCUGCCGUCAUGGUUUUGCACUUUGCCAACCAGUACGGUAACUCCAAGGCAUUGCCUAAGAUGAUGCUUUCCAUGCACCCAUAUGGUGCUUUCUACUUCUUCGUUGGUGUUUUGGUCAUUUCUCUCUUCUGGGCCUGGUUCUUUGUUCCAGAGGUUGCUGGUCGCUCUUUAGAGAGUAUGGAGGAGAUCUUCAACUUGCCAUGGUACCUUGUUGGUAGAAAGGGCCCAGAAUUAUGCCCCGACCACUCUGAGCUCAACAGGAUUCAUUUCGAUCAUGGUGUCAUGUCCUACGAAGAAAAAAAUGUCUCUCAGGAGUUUGUUGAAGAUAUCUCCCAGGAAAAGAGAGAGGGUGUCCUUAGCAAGGACAAAUAA